CUUCUGCAGGUGCUGUUCUUUGGAUUUGGGUGGCUAUUCUUCAUGCGUAAACUCUUCAAGGAUUAUGAGGUGCGACAGUAUGUGGUCCAGGUGAUCUUCUCUGUGACUUUUGCCUUCUCUUGCACCAUGUUUGAACUCAUCAUCUUUGAGAUUUUGGGAGUGCUGAACAGCAGCUCUCGGUAUUUUCACUGGAAGCUGAACCUGUGUGUCAUUUUGCUUAUCCUAGUCUUCAUGGUACCCUUCUACAUUGGUUACUUUGUUGUGAGCAAUAUCAGAUUACUGCACAGACAGAAACUGCUUUUUGCAUGUGUUCUGUGGUUGACAUUCAUGUAUUUCUUCUGGAAGUUGGGAGAUCCAUUUCCUAUCCUCAGCCCAAAACAUGGAAUCCUGUCUAUAGAGCAGCUCAUCAGCCGUGUGGGUGUGAUCGGGGUGACGCUCAUGGCUUUGCUGUCGGGAUUUGGGGCUGUCAACUGUCCAUACACUUACAUGUCCUACUUUCUCAGGAAUGUAACAGAUGCAGAUAUUUUGGCUUUGGAGCGACGACUCCUGCAGACUAUGGACAUGAUAGUUAGCAAGAAAAAAAGGAUAGCAGUGGCUCAUAGGACAAUGUUCCAGAGAGGAGAAGUGCAUAACAAACCCACUGGCUUCUGGGGAAUGAUCAAAAGUGUUACAACAUCUGUUGCAGGCAGUGAAAAUCUGUCCCUUAUCCAGCAAGAAGUGGAUGCCCUAGAAGAGCUGAGUCGGCAGCUUUUUCUGGAGACUGCUGACUUGCAUGCAACAAAGGAGAGAAUAGAGUACUCCAAAACCUUCCAGGGAAAAUACUUUAAUUUUUUGGGUUAUUUUUUCUCCAUCUAUUGUGUCUGGAAAAUCUUCAUGGCGACGAUCAAUAUUGUAUUUGACCGUGUGGGGAAGACUGAUCCAGUCACAAGAGGAAUUGAGAUCACUGUAAAUUAUCUGGGAAUCCAGUUUGAUGUGAAAUUCUGGUCUCAGCACAUUUCCUUUAUUCUUGUUGGAAUUAUCAUUGUUACCUCUAUCAGAGGGUUGUUAAUCACACUUACAAAGUUCUUCUAUGCCAUUUCCAGCAGCAAGUCCUCCAAUGUUAUUGUUCUGCUUUUAGCACAGAUAAUGGGUAUGUACUUUGUGUCAUCGGUGCUCCUGAUCCGGAUGAGUAUGCCUCUAGAGUAUCGCACUAUUAUUACAGAAGUCCUGGGAGAGCUCCAAUUCAACUUUUAUCAUCGUUGGUUCGAUGUGAUAUUCCUAGUUAGUGCACUGUCCAGUAUCCUCUUUCUCUACUUAGCACACAAACAAGCCCCAGAAAAGCAUAUGGCCCUCUAAGGACUGCAGUCAUGUGCUGUUCCCUGUCCUUUCAACUGCACUGCUGCAACUCCUGUGGACUGCAAAACUUGAGGAGAGCCAGGACUAUUCUCUGUGUUCCAGCAGUCUGGCUCUGUGAACUUCCACAUGUCAUCAUCAAGCUCUGUGGCUCAUUUUCUUAGGUGCCACAGCUUGAAAGAAAUGGAAUGAAGGUAUUAAAUGUGAGAUAGUUCACUGCCAAGGAAUAAGGGCAGUCCUUGGUAUACCAAUAUCUAGGGGUGCUGGAACUUGCACGGUAUGCUGUCUGAGGGAAGAUCUACUGUUAGAAGACCAUCUUCAUAGAAGGCACCAAGGAAGUGUGAUUUUUCUUUUGAAAAUCAGCUUAUAAUUUGGAUUCAGAGGAUGGCAAUUCUGGAGUUGAAUGUUUGAGUCUGUGGAAUUGAAUAAACUUUUGUAAUAUCUCAUACAAGCAUUACAGUUGUUUUUUGUCAGCCCCAAAGCUCUGGCUGUAAGUGAGCUAGAACAUGGCUAGGAUUUGCUGCCUGGCAGAAGUGAA